CUCGUAAACGCGCCUUUUCACAAAUGAGACAGUCCAGUUAGUCCGGGAAGCCUAUUCUGUAAACAAGAUCGCAGAGCAAGAAGUGGAGUGACGAGCGGCAGUUACGAACUAAGCGUAGCGAUAGCGUGACGCCGCUAAACGCAGCCGGAUGUUUGUGCUUGGAUGCCGCAGCGGGCUCUGUGAAUUAAGGGAGACUGUGCAGUGCGGAGUGAAGAAUUGCGCAGUAAACAGAAGCACGGAGACACAGGUAGACAGAGAGGAAAAAAAAGAUCAUUUCUAGGAAUAGGGGAAAGUGAAGUGGUACCCGAGGCCGGCGGGACGGGCAGAGAAUGGGAGAGAAUACGGGAGUUAGUUCCACCUCUGUGAGCUCAGAUUGUCCCGAAAAGCCGGCCUUUCUGCUCCGGACGAGGCGAAUUUAAUAAUAACACCGACCCAGGAACCACCGCCGCUCACACAAGGCAAGAAAAUGGUCUAUCUCACUGGAACCAUGCUGAGCAUCAACCCGCUGGAGAACCUCAAGAUCUACGUCACUAACCGUCCACCGCUGGUCAUCUUCAUGGUCAGCGUGAGUGCUGUGGCCAUAGCAUUCCUGACCAUCGGCUACUUCUUCAAGAUCAAGGAGAUCAAGUCUCCAGAGAUGACAGAGGACUGGAACAUGUUCCUGCUGCGGUUUAAUGGCGUGGACUUCUGCAUCUCAGAGAACGAGACUCUGAAGCACGGGCAGAACGAGUCAACCACAGCAGAGAGCACCGUGACCAGCGGCCAGGCCCGACUCGGCACACUGGCCCCGUCACUGCUUGAGGACCCAGGAGCCAUCAACAUCUCCGUCCCCAUCACCCUCACCCUGGACCCGCUGCGGCCCUUCGGGGGCUACUCCCGCAACAUCACCCACCUCCGCGCCAGCCUGCUGGGGCACCAGGUGGGACUCACAGGUAGAGAAGCCCAUGAAGAGAUGAACGUCAGCUUCACCCUCCCUUCUGCCUGGAACUCGGAUGAAUGUGUUCUUCAUGGACACUGUGAGCAGGUGGUGUUCAGUACCUGCAUGACCGUCACAGCAGCCAGCAGUGUCUUCCCAGUCACAGUCCAGCCUCCUCACUGCAUCCCAGAGACCUAUACCAACGCAACAACAUGGUACAAGAUCUUCACCACGGCUAGAGAUGCCAACACCAAAUACACGCAGGACUAUAACCCCUUCUGGUGUUACAAGGGGGCUAUCGGGAAGGUGUACCACGCCCUGAACCCCAAGCUAACUGUUAUAGUGCCAAAUGAUGACCGCUCCUUGAUAAAUCUGCACCUGAUGCACACCAGUUACUUCCUGUUUGUGAUGGUGAUCACAAUGUUCUGCUAUGCAGUCAUCAAGGGGCGGCCAGGCAAGGUGCGGCAGAGCAGUGCAAACUUCUGUCCUGAGAAGGUAAUUAGAACGCACAAUCCUAGUGUACCACCCAAGCACUGAAGAUGAACAGGUGUCCUCAGCAAAUCCGUUACACAGGACGGCCAGCCAAUAUUCCACUGUGAUCCACGAGAGCCCAAAGGCCAAUAAAGAGCACCCUGUGGACCCCCUCAGUCAAGAUCCGCAACUUGGGUAACCAGGAUUCAAUUCAGCAAGACCUGGAUCGCUUGACUUGCCCUCCACUCCAGUGCCUUUACUAAGUGAACCAUCUAGACAAACGUUAAUCUAGUUAUGCAAAGAUUAAUCCUCCAAUUACUGUAUAAAAUAAAAAGAAAUGCACAAUUGAACCUAGCUAACUGUAUACAACUAUAAAUAUUAUAUUUAGGGUAACUGAAUAGUUUUUGAUGUCACUUUUUAUAUUAAACUGUCAGGUCAUCUCAUUAUUUUAGUCAUAAUUCAGUUUCAAGUGGUGUGUUUUUUUUUUUUAAAUUUGAACCUCUGAUAAGGUUUCAUUGAGGCUCAUAUUGUUACUGUGAAUGUAAAAUAACUAAAAACAGGACUUGAAACUCACACUGGCCCUGCACUUAUUCCUGGAUUUCAGAACUUCACUUGUUUAUGCUAUGCAGUCAUCUGACCAGGUGCCAGAAGUUUAACCAAUCAGGCCCUUGGUAAAUCUGCUUUGAACUGAUAGCGCUAAUCACAGCAUGAAUCAUAUACCUGAGCAUAUAAGUUUACUGCUAAAAGUUGUUCAUGCAGUUAUAGGGGAACAGAAAACUCGUUAUUUAAAGGGUAGUUUUGAAUCCCAGGACGGUGCAGGGCUAGUAUUGGUCAGCCAUGAUUAUAGCCUAAUUGUUUGUUUUCUGUCUUUAGGUUGCUCUGUCAGAAGCAUAAGAAGUCAUUUUUUUUGAAGUUUUGAAAUAAAAAGAACUUUAAGACUCAAACUGAUAUACUAGUUGCCUACUGAACCCAGAAUAAGGGUGCAAAGCUUUGUGAAUGCAUUACUCUACAAUGUUGGGUUAUUCCAACCAAAGACAUUUCAAGUGCCUGUAUCUACUGUGUAAAUAUUCGUCUUUAAUUCAGUAUAAAAGGAUCAGCUGGUGUACCUCUACUCUAUUACGAAGCCUGACGCUACACAUAAUCUGUGGGUUGCAAGUUUUAAACCCGAGUUUUUAAUGGACAGUUGAUGAAUAUAAGGUACAAGAAUAUCUACAGCAUUUCAGAGUUUUAAACUGUUUAUUUUUUUAUUUUUAUUUCGGUGUUGCUUAUAGAGGAAGCAUCAACUAUCCUGAAACGUUUUUAUGCAUUCUGCUCAGUUCAGAAGACCUGGCUUGUUUUAUCAGAUGCUUUCACAGGUUCCCAGUCUGCUGUAGUAGGAUGCGACUCACCUUUCCAGGCUCCUAUAAAAGAAUGGGGAAUAUAACAUUCAUAAACUGCUUGUGGUCUAAAUCCAGGUAAAUCAGUACAUUGUCUCGAUUCUUUAAUGGUGUUCAGCAAUUUCAGUCUGGUCUUUGGCAGUAAAACAAUCAGCCUAAUAGUGAUCAAUCCUGAAAUCUGAUUUUCACAAGCAGUACUUGGUGGCUUAGGAUGUGAAACAAAGAUUGUACUUUUCUCUCCAAGUGAUAUUGGUUACUUUUAAUUCUAAUUCUAAGACAAAUGAAGAAGUUAAAUGAGGUUUGUAAGAUUUGUUAAGUGAAUAGUGUAAAUUAUUUUCAAAAUGUCUGUUUUCCAGUGUUUUUUAUUUGCUGUAUUGUAGUGUGAUUAAUUCUUGUUUUCCUUCCAAGAUGUUCGAGGCUUUGUGUCUCCUUUUACCGUGUAGCCAUUAAAACGAAGGUUUCAAAAGGGA